AGCCAUUUUCCGGCACAGUAAAUUCCGGAGCGACCGGAUAAGGCUGGCACCGCCACCACCAAAGCUUACAGUUACAGGACAGCUGAUGUGAAGCUUGCAGCCAGCCAGGCAGCCACGCCAUCUCCUAGACGAAGAACAACAAGAAAGAAUCAGAAUCUCUCAAAUUUCACAACCCAAUUUCUCAAUCGCCCUAUCCCUCUCUCUCUCUCUCUGUCUUCUUCCCCGCCUUUCCCCGUCCGUGAUUCGGCGAUUCACCCCGGAAAUUCCGAUUACAGCAAAAGCCAGAACUCCCCCCCGGCCAGCUAGGACUGCAAAGCAGCAUAUGAAGAUGACGACGACGACUAGCCGAAACCUCUAACGAACUAAACGAAGCAGCGCCAUGAGUUCCAGCUCCCCGGAUUCUUCACUUUCCGCUCCUCUCCACUGGAAGUUCUCGCAGGUCUUCGGCGAGAAAGCUCCCGGCGAAGACGUCCAGAACAGUGACCUAAUAUCUGCUAUCGAAUUCGACAAGAGCGGCCGUCACCUCGCCGUUGGAGAUCGCGGCGGCCGUGUGAUAAUCUUCGAGAGCAAGGAGGCGGAGGAGACGAAUGAGCAACGUUCUCGAAUUGAAUUGGAGGCGGUAGAUUUUAGUUCCAAGGCACAUCGCCGGCCUAUUUAUCAGUACAAGGCUGAAUUUCAGAGUCAUGAACCGGAGUUUGACUACUUGAAAAGCUUGGAGAUUGAAGAGAAGAUCAAUAGAGUAAGGUGGUGUAUGACGCAUGGUGGAUCGAUGUUUCUGCUUUCUGCAAAUGAUAAGACGGUUAAACUUUGGAAGCUCAAGGAACAUAAGGUGAAGCAAGUAAAAGAAACGGACCAUAGUUCAGCUGUGCAUUCAGAGAAUGGUCUUUUGGCUGAAGCGAGUUACAUAAGCAUGCAAGGAAAACCAACUGUUCCUAACGGCCAUGAUAUGGAAUGGACAACAAAUGCAGUUAAGAACAUUUCCCCAGUUCAAGAAGCGCAAGCCAAGAUUUCUUCGCUCGAAGAUUCUGUCCGUGCAAGUUGUCGAAAGGUUUAUGCUCAUGCACAUGAUUUCAAUAUCAAUUCAGUUUCAAACAAUAGAUGACCUUAGAAUAAACUUAUGGAACCUUGAUGUCAAAGAUCAGUGUUUCAAUAUCAUUGACAUAAAGCCGUCAAACAUGGAAGAUCUUACUGAGGUUAUAACAUCAGCAGAGUUCCAUCCAAGUCAUUGUAAUCUGCUGGCAUACAGUAGUUCGAGAGGUUUUAUUCAUCUAAUUGACAUGCGGCAAUCAGCAUUAUGUGAUAAAAGCGCAACAAUAUUACAGGAAACUGAGCAUCAACCAGGGUCUAAGUCAUUCUUUACAGAGAUUAUAGCCUCUAUUUCAGAUAUCAAGUUUGUAAAUGAUGGACAGUGCAUCUUAAGUCGUGAUUUUAUGAACUUAAAGCUAUGGGACAUUCGAAAGGACUCUAUGCCAGUGAAGGUAUUCAAGGUUCAUGAGCACCUACGCCCUAAGGUAAGGCUGUUCCCUUAUGAAGAUAAAACUCUGUAGCUGAUGUAACUGAUGAUGGUUCUUAUAGUUGUUUCUCGAAAGUCGUUGUGCCCUUUGUAAUUUCAGGAGUUAUACACUUUAAGUUGUUCAGUGCUUGAAUUUUCCCUUUUAUGUUUUCCUAGAAGUUGAUCCAUGAUAUAUUGCCUCUUCACUCGUUGGUUUACCAUGUUCCCUGCAGUUGUGUGAGUUGUAUAAUAACGAUUCAAUAUUUGAUAAAUUCGAAUGCUGCGUCAACGGAAGUGGUUCACAUUUUGCAACUGGAUCUUACAGGUUUCACCACGCACUUCAAACUUUGCUGGGCACGCAUUUAACUACAUAGUCCCUGCUUAAACGUUUUGCAUCCCUAAUUCAAUGACAGUUCUCUUCUUUUAUGUACACAGCAACCUUUUACAUGUAUUCUCGAACGGUGAUUCGACCGAAGAGCACAUGACAGUAGAAGCUGGCAAAAACCCAAGCAGGAAGCCAGCCGUCCAUUCUGCAUCAAGGCCUCGAAGGUCAUCCUUGAGCAACCUAACGCGUGGAUUUUACCGGCAAGGGAAUUCCAAUUCGGGUGCAAGCAGUCAUGAAUUUGCAUGUGAUCUGAGCUCCAAGUUGCUUCAUCUGGCAUGGAACCCUACCAGUAACUUGAUUGCCUGUUCCGCUGGAAGUAGCUUGUUCAUGUAUUAUGCUUAACCAGGUUACCACCACAUUACUGCUGAUUGAUUAAAUAAAGGAAAUUCCACUGAAAAGUAUAAGCAAAAGAGAAAGGAAUUUUCAGUUUGUCCGUAAGAACGAAUGGUUUUGAGAUGAAUUGAUACAAAGGUAUCAUUUGGUUCACAUAGUAGUUAUUCUAUUUUUCCCUAGAUUUGUAGUUCAAAGGUAAAAUGGUAGCAGUAGGCAGACUGACAUAAUAGUUGAUCAGCAAAACUUCAGCGAGCGCUUCAGUGUUCUUCCUUAUUUUAUAUUUUUAUUUGUAUGGAAUGGUUGAGAUUUCGUUCCCGAAAUGAGAUAUAGAUAUGAGCGACACCUUUAGCCAAUUAGGCAGAGGGGAAAACCUUUGAGUCACUAAAAGCUAGUAGGGAUGUAAGUUAGGUUUUGGGUUUGCAGUUUUAAUUGAAAUCGAAUCGAUUGCAUGCCC